GCUUACACAAUGUUAAUACGCAGCUGCUUGACUGUGAAAAGAGUUGUUUUCAGACUAACUCUUCUGACCUCAGUAGAUAAGGAUCGACCUUCAGGAGAGAAAGAGAUAGAUAGUGUAUUUUAAAGUGUGAACUUGCUGCUGCUUAUAAGGUGUUUUUUUUAAUAGAUUUUGUUUUCAGGCUGAUUGGUGCAUGCAGAUCAAGGAACGUUAGAGACUCCAGGCCUUGAAGACUUGUGUUCCGUUACCUUUAUAUUCUGAUCUUUUUCUUUGGAUGUGUCAGUAUUAAUCCCAGCCUGUUAAGAGACUUGCCUCAGCCCUUUGGAUAACUCUGCCAGAUGCGACUUUCUUCCCGGACUGAACUGAGCUGGACAGGCAGCAUGCACAACAGCACUGCUGAAACUCCGCUGAUGGCUGAAACGUGGAAUGAGACUCGGUCCACGCAGUCACCGGGCUCUGAGUUUUCCCUGGGCGUGUUGGUGCUGCUGGCUUUCCUCAUGGUGUUGCUGGCUUUGGUGACCAUCCUUGGAAAUGCCCUGGUGAUCCUGGCUUUCAUCAUGGACAGAAACCUCAGGCAUCGCAGUAACUAUUACUUUCUCAAUCUUGCUCUUUCUGACUUUGCAGUAGGUGUGUUCUGCAUGCCUCUCUACAUCCCUUACAGCCUGACAGGGAAAUGGCACUUGGGAAGAGGCAUCUGCAAGCUCUGGCUAGUUAUGGACUAUCUUCUGUGCACAGCUUCAGUAUUUAGCAUUGUUCUUAUCAGCUAUGAUCGUUUUCUGUCAGUUACUAAAGCUGUAUCUUACAGAGCCCAGCAGGGAAUAACAUCCAACCCUGUCAUCAAGAUGGUGGCCAUCUGGGUCUCUGCGUUUCUCCUCUACUGCCCAGCAAUCCUCUUCUGGGAGCACGUGGCUGGACACAGCGUGGUACCAGUGGACCAGUGCUAUGCCGAGUUCUUCAGCAACUGGCUCUUCCUCCUGUGUGCGUCCACCCUGGAGUUCUUUGUGCCGCUGCUCUUGGUGACCUACUUCAACGUGCACAUCUUCCACAACAUCCAGAGGCGCCAGCGGGGCGGCAGCACCCAGGGCUGCGAGCGCUCAAGGACCAGUAGCCUGUCCUGGAGAUCCUGCCUUGUGCCAAGUCCAGGAGCAUCUUCUCCCCCACUGGAAGCAGAGGACAGUAUUUCUUCAUUAACAAGGCCACAGAGACCAGCAGUGGAGUCUACCUGUUCAUCUCCAACACAAAACAGCUCCAGCUCUAAAAAAUUAUUUUUUGUUUCUUUUUGCUCAAGGUCUGGCUCAAAACUGCAGCAGGACAAGAGAAUAGCAAAGUCGCUUGCUAUAAUUGUGUGUGUGUUUGCCAUUUGCUGGGCCCCAUACACUUUACUAAUGAUCAUUCGUGGGGCCUGCCAAAGAGAGUGCAUCCAUAAGUCCCUGUAUGAAAUAACCUUUUGGCUUUUGUGGCUCAAUUCCUCUCUGAAUCCGUUUCUCUACCCUCUCUGUCAUAUUAAAUUUCGAAUGGCUUUCAUGAAAAUACUAUGUCCCAAAAAGUUUGCAACAUUGAGAUCAGGUUACUUUUAGAUUGAAAACAAAAAAGAAAGGUUCAAGAGAAGCUGAAUGAGGAAUGUGAUUCAGUUACACAACGCUGGAAUUACCAGGUACUAGAUUUCUUAUGAAAUAAACAGGUGUAGCUCCUUACAUCAUAGAGUGGUGUGCAUUGGAAAGGACCUUAAAGAUCAUCUCAUUCCAACCCCCUGCCACAGGCAGGGACACCUUCCACUAGACAAGGUUGCUCAAAGCCCCAUCCAACCUGGCCUUGAACACUGCCAGGGAUGGGGCAGCCACAGCUUCUCUGGGCAACCUGUGCCAGUGCCUCACCACCCGCAC